AUGUUGCAGAGGCUGGUAGUGAUGAAAAAUUUAUUCAUUGGACCGACUCCAACUGAACUCAGUGAGUGCAAAUUGUUGAUUCGGAUCCGAAUUUCGAAGAAUUUCUUAAAAGCGACGAUUCCACCCGGGUUCUUCAACUUGCCUUUGGUGAAUAUGUUGGAAUUCAGUGACAACCACUUCAGUGGCGAACACCCCGACGAGAUUUCCAGCGAAAUUCUUGGUCUCUUGAUGCUCUCCAACAACGUGAUGACUCAGAGAAUUCCUAAAGCUAUCGGAAGGCUCACCAAUUUGCGAAUACUCUCCCUCGACAUAAACCAAUUUACUGGGGAGAUUCCACCGGAGAUGUUCCAGCUCAAGUCGCUUUCCAAGAUAAACAUUAACAAUAAUAAUCUCACAGGCUUGAUUCCAAGCACUCUCUCUCGCUGCUCUUCUCUUACAUCGAUUCAAAUCAAAGGCCUGGAAACUGACUCCAUUCCAGAAACUUGGUUUCAAAGUGGAAGACGUAAUCGAAUGCUUGAAAGAAGAGAACAUCAUCAACAAAGGAGGUGCCGGGAUCGUUUACCGGGGAUCGAUGCAGGACGGCGUGGAUGUUGCAAUCAAGUGACUUGUUGGUCAGAGUAG